CACCCUCAACAACCACUGUAAAUCAAAACCCUUGAAUAAAGUUCAUUUCUUUACCUUAAUGUCGGCUACAGCAGCGAGGACGCUACUCAGAAACGGCAAAUCCCCUUUGCCCCUGUUUCUUCGUGGCAAGAUUCUUAGUGGAUCCACCAUUGAUGUCAAUCUUAAUACCAUCCCUAAAGAUCACCAAUUCCUUCAAUGUUUAUUCGUUUCUAAUCAAAACUUGCAAACCCUCAAUCCAGUUUUCGAUUCCAGUGAAGUGGGUAAAGUUUUCAGAUCAUUCGGAGGGCAGAGCCAGUGGGGACCUGCAAGGCAAUGGCGUUGUCGAGGCUAGAGGUCGUCAAAGGCGGGCGGUGAGUGACGAGGAUGAUAGUGAUGAUUCUGACGGUCAUAUGAUUGACGAGGACUUGGAUGAGGAUUUCGAUGAAUUGCCGGAAGACGAAGACUUUGAUGAUUUUGAUGACGACGACGACAAUGAGGAGGAGGAGGAUAAUGAUGUUAGGAAGAGAAAGAAAUGAUUGUUGUUAGAUGAUACCAUUUCUGCUAAUUGUGUUAGUUUUUGUGUUUCAUUCAUUCUCAAAAUAAAGAAUUGUCCUAUCU